CUCUCUCUCUCUCUCUGUAGAGCUCAGCAUCGGCAGAGAUGUUGAGGUCGCAGGCAUUUUCAAUUGCCGACGCCUCUCACGUGAUUGUUUCUCCCUCACGUGCCAUCCCAACAUCACUCCGUCUCCCCCGCCGGUCAGUCUCUUUCCAAACAACACGGCCACGUCUCCGAUCACUCCCCACCGUCCGGAAAUGCACAACUUGUCUCGCAUUCGAUUUCCAAAGUGGAAAAGGAAUGAGUGGGUUUCAUGAUGUUGAGCUGAAAGUCCGCGAUUACGAGCUUGAUCAGUAUGGUGUUGUCAACAAUGCUGUCUUUGCAAGUUACUGCCAGCACGGUCGUCAUGAACUUCUUGAAAGGGUUGGCGUGAGCGCUGAUGCAGUUUCCCGUACUGGUGAUGCAUUAGCAUUGUCAGAAUUGUCCCUCAAAUUCAUUGCGCCUCUAAAAAGUGGAGACAAGUUUGUUGUUAAGGUGAGGGUGGCCAACUCCUCAGCUGCUCGCCUGUAUUUUGAUCACUUCAUUUUCAAGCUGCCAAAUCUAGAGCCUAUCUUGGAGGCAAAGGCCACAGGAGUGUGGCUUGAUAAAAACUAUCGCCCUGUUCGUAUUCCCCCGGAGGUGAGAUCGAAAUUUGUUCAAUUUCUUCGCCAUGAGGAGUCUAACUGAUUAUCCUGAAUACGGAGUCGGUGGGAAAGUCAUUGUUACCAAAGCUCCAGUUGGAGAACGGAGAGGAUACAGGUAUCUUAAAUUCCACUGGCACCAGAAAAAUUGGAGGAAGAAUAUACUGUUAAUGUC